AGUCGCAAGAAUAUCACUUAAAAAAAGUUUUACAAGAUUACUAAACUUUUAUCGCGCAUAUAAAAUCUAUAAUUUUGAUAAUUUAUAUUUUAUAUGUUAAGUAAUAACAUAGUAAUAACAUUCUGAUAUCAGAACUGCAAAAAUUUAUUUUUGAGCAAAUUUAUCAGUGAUAGGACAUGUCGCUUAUUUUGGCAAUACCGGGAAUAUUGCGAUGCGAGGGUCAUAUACGAUCAAAAAUAAGAACUAAAAUAGGUUAUAAUGCACCCGAGAUAAACGAAAGUAAACACAGAAAAAGUGACAAGGAUUUCUUCCUGAUGUGUCGUUUUAUAGGAUUAUUCAGAAGUGUAACGUACCCGAGUUCAUAUAUAACCACUGCUGAUGACAAUGAUGGAACUUGUAAUCUGAAAGCUAUAGACAAGAGUGCUAGCACAUACAGAUUAAUUGAAGGCAUAAUUUGGGAAGUAAACGCUAGCAAUAAUCUCCUAACUCAGCCACUUUCUGAUCAGUUACAAUAAUUUGAAUUACGAAUCAUUAGGAUUGACUUAUUUUACAAGUUUAAGUACUGCUAUUAUUAUAUAAAAAUAUUUGUACAUACUACACUGAUAUCCAAAUUGUCAUUAAAUUUAAUAAUAAACAAUUUGAAUCACGAUUUU